GGCUCGGCGGCGGGUCCGGGGCAGGAGCGGAGCGGGGCGAGGCUCAUCCCGCAGCGGGAGUGCUGCCCUCGGGGCUCGCGGCUCGUCCUGCCGUGCGGCCGGUGGGCAGGAACAAAGCCUGGGGCGGGGGGAGGACACUCGCCCAAGGGAACGGGCGCUGGGUGCAGCCCCGCGGAAGGGGAGACGUUGCUCCUCACUGGCCUCUUUGCGUCGGCAGCUCAGCGGCCCCGUCCCGAACGAUGGAGAACUACCACAUCCUCGAAAUGGUCGGCGAAGGCUCCUUUGGGCGCGUGUACAAGGGGCGCCGGAAGCACAGCGCCCAGGUGGUGGCCUUGAAGUUCAUCCCCAAGGUGGGGCGGUCUGAGAAGGAGCUGAAGAACCUGCAGCGGGAAAUUGAGAUUGUGAGAGAUCUCCAUCACCCCAACAUCAUCCAGAUGCUUGACAGCUUUGAGACUGCUAAGGAGGUGGUGGUAGUGACUGACUACGCAGAGGGAGAGCUCUUCCAGAUCCUGGAGGACGAUGGGAGUUUCCCUGAGGACCAGGUCCAGACCAUAGCUGCCCAACUCAUCUCCGCUCUCUAUUACCUGCACUCCCACCGCAUCCUGCACCGUGACAUAAAACCCCAGAACAUCCUGCUGGCCAAAGAUGGUGUUGUCAAGCUCUGUGACUUCGGCUUUGCCCGUACCAUGAGCAUCCACACCAUGGUGCUGACCUCCAUCAAGGGCACCCCGCUGUACAUGUCCCCUGAGCUGGUGGAAGAACGGCCGUAUGACCACACAGCAGACCUGUGGUCUGUGGGCUGCAUCCUGUACGAGCUGUUUGUGGGUACUCCUCCCUUCUACACCAACAGCAUCUUCCAGCUUGUCAGCCUCAUCAUCAAGGACCCUGUCAAAUGGCCCAUGACCAUGAGCCCAGUGUUCAAGAGCUUCCUUCAGGGUUUACUAAUGAAGGACCCCCACCAGCGCCUGUCAUGGCCAGAGCUGCUUUCUCACCCCUUCAUUGCUGGACGGGUUACUGUGAUUGAUGACACAGAAGAGCAUGUGAUCUCAAACCCCUUCACCACCAAGCUGUCCCCAGAGCUGCAGGCCCUGAAGGAGCAGCAAGUCCAUUCCAUGGCCCCCAGGAGCAGCCAGUCCAGGAUCCUGAGAAAGGCCCAGCAGAAGAUGGCUGAAGAGAGACAGAAAAAGGGGCAACUGAAGGCAGGUGAUGCAUCUAUGAAGGAUUCUGACAAUGGACCUCCCACGCAUAGACCCAGGGCAGCAUCACGGAAGGCAGCCCGUGAGGAGAGGGAGCCAUUGGCUGCCUCCAGUGAGAAGAAUCCAUGUCUCCUGCAAGGGAAAAGCAGCAUAGCAGAGUGGGAGUUUGAGGAGUGUCCUCCCAACCCAGGGCAACACAGCCUCUCUCGAGACUAUGAGUGGGAGUUUCCUGAAGCAGGUUCCCAUCCACAGCCUGGUGCUGGCAGGACAGAGCCCUGGGGCAGGCACAGCACUGAGGCUGUAGACUUGGAGAGUGAGGAGCUGGAGAGCGAUGAGGAGUGGCAGCAUCUGAUUGAGGGCACUGAGCCCUCAGCCAUGCAGCUGAGCAUGCCUCUGAGCCUCCUGAGGGACCCGGCCUUCCAGCACCAUGUCCGGGACCACCUGGCAGACUCUGCUCAGCAGGUGCUGGAAGGGAUGCUGGAGGGAGCCUCCCAUCUUCGUUCUGUGCUUCGUGUUAUGGGCAACCUCCUGUCUACCCAGUGUGAUGCUGAGCUGCUGGACCACUUCUGCCAAGAACUGAAUGUGCCUCUGUCACUGCUGUGUCUAGCCAAGCAGAUCCUGGAGACUGGUUGCACCAAGCAGCAGCCCUGGUGUAUCACUGUGCUGACAGACAUCCUCAUGGUGACCAAAGUUUAUUUCAGCAGUGAAUGCAGCCUGGAGGAGAGUGGGCGAAAGGACAGCCUGCAGGCCUUUCAGGAGAGUGCUGACUGCUUCUUGUCCCUGCUGCCGGAGCUGCUGGCUGCACCAGUUGACACUGAGAUGAGACUCUGCCAGCAAAGCCUCCUGUGCUUCACCCAGCUCUGUGAGAGCCUGGACACGACAGACCCCUCUAUCUCUGCACACUUCUACACCAGGCUGCGAGAGGAGUAUCAGCCCCUGCUGAACAGACUCCUUCAGGGAUCCAUCUCAGAGCAGCCUGCUCUUCGAGGUGCAGCGGCGGAGGGCAAGUCAGCCCAUGACCAGAGUCCAUGUGUGGCAGACGUCUUCCUGGCUGCGUUGGCUGCUGCCUGCAGCAUCCCCCUGGAGAGAAACAGCUGUUGGGAAGCCAAGCAGCAGGUUACUCAUGCAGUAGCUGAAAAGCUUAUGGAAGGAGAGAGCCAGCAACUUGCAAGACUGCUGGGGAGAUUGGAGCACCCAGGCUGCUCCUUGAACAUCCUGAAGAUCCUCUACGCUGGCUGCCAUGCCUGUCCAAACCUGUGCCAGUACCUGGGAAGGAGCCAACCACUGUGGGAUUCCCUCAUGCAGCUCUUGAAGGGUGAGGUCCCUGUGGUGGAGGUGGCCCAGGAGGCAGCCUGUGAAGCCUCUCUGUAUCUGCUGGCCCUGCUCACCCUGCAGCUUCAGGCCUCCCCUCCCAGGCUUGAGGAGGUGGUUACCCUGGCUGUGGACCUCAUCACCCAGUCUCCUGUCGUGUCCCUCGUGCUGUGGCUCCCCCUGCCAAUGGGUGCUGGUCUCUAUGAUGGGCUCUUUUUCCUCCUGCUGGAACUCCUUGAACAGGAGGAUGUGGCCUUGGAGCAGGGCUUUGCUUCCUCAGAGCUGUGGAGCCUGGUCUGGCAUUGUGUUGCUGUGGUGCUUCAUGUGGGCACCAACAGGGCAGCGCUGGAGGGAGACCCGCCCCCAGGUGCUGGUCACCACAUGGCAGAGCCAGACUGGAACCUCCUCUCCCCUCAAGGAACCCUGUUCUUCCUCAGCCUGGCCCUCAGAGUCUUCACUCGUGAGUCCUACCAGUGCCUGCUUCAGCUCACCCAGUCCCAUGGUGUCCUCAUGGUGACACUGAAGAGACUGCUGUCCCCUGGCUUCUUGGCAUGCCUGGCACAGAUGCAAGCAGGAAAGGAUGGGGACCCUGAGGUUGUCCCAGAUGUGGUCAUCCAGGUCUGCCAGCUCCUCUGUUUCCCUUUUGCCCUGGAUGUGGAUAAAGACACCUUAGCACUGAUCAUGGAGGCUGUGAGAGAUACCCAGAUCCCUGCCCAGCUGCUGCAGGUCUGCGCUCGCCAUCUGCCCUUCUCGUUCACCGAGCUCCCCAUGGGCCUCUUGUGCCAUCUUGUUGUGUCUGAUACACAGGUCAUAGACCAAGUAGUGAGGGAAGCUGCUGCCUCGGAGCACAUUGUUGCCUUCUUGAAGUCUGUCUUGUUCUCAGACAAUGUCACGCUCACAACUGACCUCCUGUCUCUCUUGGCCCACGUGGCCCGGACCUGUUCAGAGCACCUGCUCUUUCUCCAGAGGAUCCUAAGGGACUCAGAUGUGGCUGACCAGCCACUGACCUACCUGCUUAGCCACCAGCAACACCUGAUACGGGCCAGAACCUGCAACUUGCUGGGCAACCUGCUCCGCCACAGCUUUCCCCCAGCGCUGCAGAGCCAGCCCGGUUGGCUGGAGAGGCUGCUGGAGUGCCUGUCGGACCCGGAGGGCUGCGUGCGCAGGGCAGCCACCUUUGCAGUGGGCAACGCCGCCUUCCACGCGUCUUGCCCGGCGGGGACCCUGCGCAGGGCCGUACCCACGCUGACCCGGCUGCUGAGCGACACGCAGGCCAAGACGUGCUGCAACGCGGCCCUGGCCCUGAGCAACCUGGGCCAGCGCGGGGCGGAGCUGCGGGAUCUGCUAAUCCAGAACAGGGCCCCCGACCUCCUGCUGCAGGUGACCUGCCAGGACCCGCGCAAAACCGUGAGGGAGGGAGCCCUCGAAGCACUGCGAGCCCUCAGCCAGUACCCCGGGAUCCAGCAGGUCCUGCUGGCCCUCAACGCCACCGAGAGACUGGCCGCGCUGGCCGGUGGCAGUCCCCGGUCGCAUUCUGCCCGGCACUGCGAGGUGCUCCUCCGCCGCCUCGCAGCUCUGCGCGGCCGCGCGGGGCCCAGCCAGCUGUAGCCGCAGACCGGCGCUGGGCGGUGACGCCCGGGCACCCCGGGACGCCACCGACGCCUCCUUCGCCCUCCUCAGACUCUAGCCGGACCUUCCUUGGAACUCGCGUUGUCCGCUCGAGGGGGACUCUACCCGGCCUUCUUUACCCGGGGUGCCCCCCGUGGGAAUCCGGCCCUGGAAAAAAAUGCCCGUUCCUUUCGAAACCGCCUGUUUCCCGGCGGCUCCCAGUGCCGUGCCCGCGUCGCGGGGCUGAGCUCCGCCGCCAGGCUCCGCCGCGCCGCCAGGGGGCGGUGCACCCCGUGGCGCGGUGGCUGCCGGGAGCUGUAGUCACGUGGGCCCGCCGGCUCCCCAUGGUAACGGCGGCGGCGGGUCCGGCGGGCCCGGGUGGGCGUGGCCAAGAAAAACUUGGUGUCUUGAUUAGGACAGAAAUUGAUUAUCAUCCUCUGGAUUUGCACACAGAAUGUGGUUCUGCAAGGAUGACACUGGAGGUGAGAGGGAACAGUGAUGCUUAACUGUGGCAAAGUGGCACACCAGGCUGUUGCACCAACAGCAUUUCUGUGGUAGCUAAGCUGUCUCUGAGCUGUCUUGUCCUCAUGAACAACUUGUGGCCAGCAACACCCUCUGCUCUUCAGCUUGUACUUGCUGGUAGCCUCAGGCACUGCUUUGGCAUGGUGUGUGACUGCGGUUGAGGCCACUUGUUUCUUGGAGCUGCUGUAGGGGAGGAAGGGGGGUGGAAACACAAGUUGAAUAUGCUGUUGAAACACAAGUUUGUACCUAGCUACCAGCUGUUGGAGCAGCUUUAGGCACUCAGUUGGUUUCAGAUCAAUGUUGUUAAUCUUGUUCAAAGUUUUAAAUUUUUUGAAGGGAUACAAACGCUUAUUUUGAAAUGUAUAUUGUUUUAAAACCUGUGUUUUGCGUUGUUGUUAACUUGCUUGUUCAAGCUUUAAUCAAAAGUCCCAGAGCUGCGACUGAGGAACUUGGUGUGAACUCAGGUCUCAUUUAGAAAAAAAUGUUACCCUUUUUAAUUGUCAAAACAGAAUAUGCACCUUGCAAUGGCAUAGAAAACAGUAGCAAUUGCAGUUGUCUAACCUCUCCUCCUUUGGGCUGCGUGUGACUCACAGCACAUUAUCAGGUCAGCUUGCGGUGCAUGCAUUUACAAGCUCUUGUUAUUUUAAGUGUGUCACCAAGCUUCGUUUAAAAUAACCUCCCCAGCCAAACUCCUUUAACAGUGGGAUGAUGUGCAUACCUGGGCUCUUAAGGUCUUGUCCUUUCCUGUUUGGGAGAGGACUGUGAGGAGCUGCCACGCUGCCAUUGGAGGAGCACAUGCUGCAGCAGGGCUCGGGCUGGAAGAAAGGAUUUUGACUGAUGCUCCUGGGGUGCACAGAGACUGGGGCAUGUGUUGGUCCUAUGCACUUGUGACGUGACAUUUGUACAGGCUGUGGCAGCGCUCCAGCUGAUGUCCCAACAUUUGUGAGCAACCUGUGUGGCAAUAGAAGGUGCUGGCAGAAUCAUUGUAAGCAAGUGCAGCUGUACAGUCACUCCAACAGUGACAGCUUUGGCCUCUGUAUUGUGUGUCAGUAAGUCCAAGCCAAGAUCCAUUAAUUACUGGGUUGGGUUUGAAUUCCAGCCUGGCCAGUUCACCCAGGGCUUUUCCUAGCUCACAUUUCUACAAUAAAAUUUCAAGAGUGUAGUUUUAUUUCCAUUGUGAGAUGCAGAACAGACUCCAGCUCCUUUGUCAUAGGGUUGGAUUGGCAGAACUAGGGAUUGCAUCAAGCUGUGACCUUUAUCCAUCCCAAAACUCCAACUGAAUUA